GAGGUAGCCUAUCAAUGCUCAUGGAAAAGAGGGCUGCAAGUGACAUCAGAUGUAUUAGUUAAUUAGUAGCCUCUAACCAAUGGGCCAGCUCCAGACAGGGAGAGAACAACUGGAACAAAGCCUCCUCUCAGAAAGGAGCAGAAGAGGAUUGUGACAAAUGCAAGACUGCUGCAGCGGUCCCCUGGCUAUCAAUCAGCAGCUUUGGCUAUUGUGGUCCUCCCUGUGAGCCAGCAGGAGAGAGACGGUCAGCUAUAGAAGGGAGACAUAAAGAUGGCGUGGGAUCAGCCCCCUUUCUUACGCUUGCCACUGCUGAGCUUUGUGACUAUGCUGCUGUCCUUCUACAUGUCUACCGUCAUCCCUCAGGUUCUGGAUCCUGAGUUCUUUACAACAAGCUCACCGCGGAAGAAGCCAGACCCAGUUACAUCAGAAACUGUUGUUUUUUGGGGGCUGCGCUUAUGGCAAGUCAUUGGCGUUUUUUCAGUCUUUGUUUUGGCAGUCAUAAUAACACUGUGUUGCAUCUUCAAGUGCCGAAUUCCCAGAACCAAAAAAGAGAUUGAGGCACGUCACGCACAGAGACAAGCAGCAAAAAAAUUUGCCAAUACCCUGGAAUCAGUGCCCCCUCUCAACGAGCUCACUGACGUGCCAGGAGCACUGCCAGCCAUGGUGGAUAUUGUUGCCCUACACACGGUGUCUGGAGAUAUACAGGCCCACACUUCCAACCAGCUUCCUGUGGUGAGGGAAGAGGAUGAGGUGUCGGGUCCCACUCCUUAGUCUAUCUUGUCCAUUUCGUUAUCCUUUGGACUUUACCCUUCUGUCAUAAUAAAAAUAUUGUUCUAUUGACUAUAAAA